UGCGUCUACGUCAGCGUGCUGACGUCACGGACCGGGUACUCAAGGCGGGUCGGGGCAGCUGGCUGCAGGCGGUGGGCUGCGCGUCGCCUGCCGGGCUCGAGCCCAGGCCCCGCCCUGCCGAGCCCGCCCCUCUGCAUGCGAAGGUCCCCGUGGGCGCGACCACGGAACUGCGGUCCCCGUGCUAGACCGGGGCGGCCGGCCCGGAACCACUCGAUGAGAUCUCUCCUGUCUAGGCAUGGUGAAGUUGGAGAAAGGCUCCUUUAACCCCUCUCCAGGAUGAACCCCCUGCCAGAAGACAUGGAGAACGCCCUUACAGGGAGCCAGAGCUCUCAUGCUUCUUUGCGUGACGUCCAUUCCAUCAACCCUACACACCUCAUGGCCAGGAUUGAGUCCUAUGAAGGAAGGGAAAAGAAAGGCAUAUCUGAUGUCAGGAGGACUUUCUGUUUGUUUGUCACCUUUGACCUCUUAUUUGUAACAUUACUGUGGAUAAUAGAGUUAAAUGUGAAUGGAGGCAUUGAGAACACAUUAGAGAAGGAGGUGGUGCAGUAUGACUUCUACUCUUCUUAUUUUGAUAUAUUUCUUUUGGCAGUUUUUCGAUUCAAAGUGUUGAUACUUGCAUAUGCUGUAUGCAGACUGCGCCACUGGUGGGCAAUAGCGUUGACGACUUCAGUGACCAGUGCCUUUUUACUAGCGAAAGUGAUCCUCUCAAAGCUUUUCUCUCAAGGGGCUUUUGGCUACGUGCUGCCCAUCAUUUCAUUCAUCCUCGCCUGGAUUGAGACGUGGUUCCUGGAUUUCAAAGUGUUACCUCAAGAGGCAGAGGAAGAAAACAGACUCCGGAUAGUUCAGAAUGCUUCAGAGAGGGCGGCACUUAUACCUGCUGGUCUUUCUGAUGGUCAGUUUUAUUCUCCUCCUGAGUCUGAAGCAGGAUCUGAAGAAGCUGAAGAAAAGCAGGGCAGUGAAAAAGCACUUUUAGAACUAUGAAUACUGCUUUUGUUAAAUGUAAAAAACCCUCAUUGAAAAUCACCGGGGGCAAAAAAGGACUGGAGAUGGGGUCUCCGUAUGGAAAGUUGAAAUGGUAACAUCCACUACUGACUCGAUUGUACGGCUCAUAAAGAACUUAUUUAUUGUAAUACCUCACAGACGUAUACCAUAUCGACAAACAUUUAGUAGCUGCCUGUGGCUGGUAAGAUCAUGUAACGAUCCAUCCUCCGUUCAGUGAGACUCAGCUGAUCUGUGAGUGAAUAGUUGCAGAAACGUCUUGUGCUGUAUUCCUAAUCAAAGACUUCUUAAUAUAUUGGAAUAGUACUUUUUUAUUAGUAAAAUAUCUUUUUAUUUGGAUUCACAGAAUGGAAUUGUUUUGUUUCAUGUCUCAGAUUUCAUUUGUUUUUCUUUUUUUAACAUCCUACAUUUCCCUUGUGGUUUUUUUUUUUUUUUUAACUCAUACACAUGCACUCUUUGUACAAUUUUAAACUGUAAUAAAAUCCAGCAUUUCAAAA